CCUCUAUCUGAUCAUUCAUUCUCUAUACACCAAAGCAAAGUGAGAGCUUCUUAAUCAUCAUAAUAGAGUCGAAGGUCUACUAUGUUUUCUCUACAUGAUGGGACCCUCUGUUCCACAAAGAGGGACCAGAUGAAAGACUAUGGAGAUUCAUUUCACGGUUCCUUCAAACGGAUCAAACAAGAAGAUCAAACGCCAGCCAGACUUGAGAAGAACAGUACUCUGUUCGAUCAAAGAUUAAAGUCAGAUAACGCUAGGUUGAUAAAACCUGAUGUUCAGCUUCACCUAGACACUAAGUUCCAUUCAGAGACGUUUGAAGAUCGCAGGACAUACCUGGACCUUGAGCUAAACCUUUCUUCAUCGUCAAGUUCCACUAUUAAAACAAUCGUGAAGAAAGACGAAUCUUCAAAAGGCAAAAAUUUGAUCAUGAGCCCAAGUAAAAAGAGGAAAUCAGGUGAUAUAAAGCUAAGUCGAUCCCCGUCUUGGCUAGCGUUUGAAGGUGGUGAUGAUAAGGAUGAUCAGAAGAAGCAAGAGAUGGUAACAACGGUGUGCAUGAAGUGUCACAUGCUGGUUAUGCUCUGCAAAUCAACUCUUGUGUGCCCCAACUGCAAGUUCACGCACCCUAAUGACCACAGCUCCACGAAAAACUUUAAGAGUUUGAGUUUGUUUAAGCUUUCAUGUUAGUCUUUGCCUUUUUCAGGGUAUGUAUGUUGAUUCGAAUUAAUGGGUCCCAGAAUUAAUGUGAAACUAGAUAUGUACAUGUACUCAUAAUUAUUAUAUAUGAACUGCGUUAG